AUGUUUAUUAUUAAUUCAAUUGCGAUUACCAAUGAUCAAAAAUAUGUUAUUGGUGCGACUAUCGCAGGAAUGCUUUAUUUUUGGAAUUUUAAAAACAUUCUAUUAGAAAAUAGUAGUCGAACGCAGGAAAACUUCUUAUAAAUUUCCACUAUUUAAGGAAUCAAUAUAAUAAAUAAUAAUUAUUCAAGAAAGCCUUUAUUGUGCAAUUUCUAAUAAGUUGUAUUAAGUUUAAAUGCAAACUUUAAUCUCUUCAAAUCAAAUUAUAGACACAGAUUUAAGUGCUUCUUUCUUAAUUGUAAUUUUAACAUAUUUAAUCUAAAGUUAUCUUUCUAAAAAGAUAUUGAAUUCAUCCGAUACAGUAAUGAAAAUCUAAUAGUUGCAUUUGGUUCUAGAUUAUACUUUAUUGAUUUACAGCACGAAAACAAUAUUAUUGAGUAUUAAUGAAUUAACUCUAAAAAAAAGAGAAAUCGACACAACCCAAUCAAUCAGUGAAAAUAUUUACCUAUCAAAGAUGUAAAAAUAACUUGUUUGGCUAUUAUUGGACAGAAUUUUUUAGCUAUUGAAUCAGAUAUUGGAAUUAUAGGAAUUUGAUGUAAGAUUAAUUUUUUUUUAUUUAUUUUAAGCUAAUUCAACUUAUUCAUUCUAAUCUAUACUCAGUUUUAAAGCAGCAAACUAAGAGUUAUCAUAUGUUAAUGAUGCAUUUCUAUUUUUGCUAAAUUUAAUUAGAUAUUAUAUUUGGAAGAUGAGUAAUAAAUUAUUAGUUUGCAUAAGAAUCACUUAGAAAUUUGGAAUUCAAUUUCAAGAAAUGAUGAUGAAAUAAGGCCAAUUUCUGAUUAUUACAAAAUGUGUCUUUACCAAAAAAAUUUUAAAAAUAUAAUCCAGAAUAGAUUUAUUUGACUAAAGGUAACAGAUAAAUUGA